AGAGAGUCAGAGAGAGACACUGAGAAGAGAGUCAGAGAGAGAGAGAAAGUAAGAGGGCCUAAGAGAGAGAUCUUUGCAGCCAUGCAUUUUAACAGCUUCACCAAUCGAUCAGAUCAAGGACGGGUGGUGUUCUUGCAGCAGUAGCAACAUUCCUCCUGUCCCGACCUGAAAAAAGCUGCUGCUCUCUUUCUUCUACAGAGGAAGUGACGAAAAAAAAGAAGCACUGUCAAAGAGGAGGCAUGACACUUUUCACAGGCGAGCACAGGCUUUUCACAAGCUUUUGAAUUCUAAAAAGGAGCAGAACUUCUUUCGAUUUGGAGUGACAUGUUGUUUUAUUCUCCUGCUGCAAUGUGAUCUUUUUUUCCGCCCCUCGCCAUUCACACACUUUCAGUUGUCCCCGUUCACACACGCAUGCGCACGCAUGCACACACAGUGAUGCUCAGCCAAUCACCUCCCAAUGUGUCUUGGCCAGGGUCAAUGUUCCUCUGCAGUGUAUUGAACCUCUCGAAUAUAGAUGGCCGUACAGUGCUUCUGUUUGUGUAAUACCUUAGUUUGCAUACCGAUCUUUCUUUGCCAUUCAGUGUCAGCUUUAUUUGGCAGGGUGUUAUGUUUGUUCCUGUUUUAGAUGACAUAGACAUUGGCUGCAUUCCAAACACGUAAAAGACACACCCUCUCCCCUCAGCCCUCAAAUUAAGUGGACAUUUCUGAUGACGUAUCAUGACGUAUGAUGAGUUGACACUUGCAGGCCAAGGGGCGAGGGAAGACUGAAUUAAUUUUAAAUGGACCACCCUUGCCUGGAAAUGUGUCACUCGUUCGUCCCACGGUUGUGUUUUCAGUCAUCAUGGAACCACCGGUAGCUGUUGUGUGUGCUUUAUAUGCGCUACAGUCAAUUAUGAUUGCAUUUCAUAUCUUGGCUAGAAGACAACGCAUCCGCAGACAUCGAAUGCUAGCCAUCCGACGAUAUCAGGUAAAUUACAAUGUAUAAGUGUGAUGUCAGGGAAAGUUGUAUGUGGUAGCUAACGUUUCCCAAAGCUAACCAAACAAAAACAUCAUUACUUUUACGAUACGUGUUUGUUCCGUCAUGUGCAUUAGUAGCACAAUUUCUAACUUAUUUACAUUAGUUUUUUACUUACACUUGUAUGUUGACUUCUCCAUAUUGAUUUUGGUUUUAAGUUUUGGCAGACUUUUCUUAGCAAAUGUACAAUCAUCACGAAUUGAAUUAUGGGGCGUCAGGCCCCGGAGUGAACAGAGUUGUACACUCGCAAACUCGAUCACAAACUAGGGCUGAGGGGCUUACGUUGCCAACUUCCCUUGCUUGGCUAAUUGUUUGGACCGACGGCAAAGAUGGCCGCGGGGAUUCCCCCAAGGGCAUAAGGCGAGGGUAAGUGGAGGAGGGUGUGUCUUUUAUGUGUUUGAAACGCAGCCAGUGGCUUAUAAUGUGUGUCAUUCGAGUCCUCAUCAGACCCUAGAUAUUCUCUCUCUUUGGCAUUUUCGCUUGUUGCCCCUGACGUCAAAAACAAGUUGCUUCCCUAGUAACCGGCUUGUUGAAUGAUUCUCAUGCCGUUGAUUAUUCAGACACUCUGCCUCCAUCCCAAUGACACCCUAUUCCCUAUAUAGUGCACUACUUUUGACCAGAGCCCUAUGGGCCUUGGCCAAAAGUAGUGCACUAUAUAGGGAAUAGGGUGUCAUUUGGGAUGCAGUUUUCUCUCUGUAGCUCUCCUCUCUGCCUUUCACCUCCAUGUUAACUCCCCUAAAAGCCACUCACACUGGAGAGCAGCGCAGUGCUGGGGCAGAACAAAACGUCCUUUGUUAUUCUCUCUCUUUCUCACGGCGGUCGAGAUGGCUUCUUUGCCUGCCUAUUUUGACACAUUCAUUAAAAGCGUGGCACAGUAACUGCACAGACAGACAGGGUUGGAGAAUUUAGACGUUUUAGUCCAAACAAUUCACUCCUCAGUUUGAUAUGCGUCACUGAGAGCAGCACAGAGGAGUCUAGUCUCUACACUCUAAUGGUAUGGUUCUAAUACACCCCAUUCAGAGUAACAUUAGCGGUUAGCGGUUACCAUUGAUCAGUGCUGUGACUUUAGCGGUUAGCGGCUGGCUGGAUAUAGAGCAUUGUUUGGAUAAUCCCAUUCCAGGCUGGGAUUGGCUGGGACAGGGUUCAGCCAGGGUUCAGCCAGGGGUCAGAGUUUGGUCAUAGUGUUUAGAUGGGUGGGUCAUCGCUCUGACAAUGGUCACCGGUAUGUUCUCACGGUCUCCGCCCACAGGUGCCCCAGGACGAGUGGAGUGGGGGAUUCUCGCCCCUAGGGAAGGACGAGGAGAUCCCAUGCCGGCGGAUGCGCAGCGGCAGCUACAUCAAGGCCAUGGCAGAGGAAGACAGCGGUGACUCGGACUGCAGCCCCAAGCCCUCGCCCAAGGUGCAGGCACGCCGGGCCAGCUACCUGAAGGCCACACAGCCAUCGCUCACCGAGAUGACCACCCUCAAGUGA